AUGUUUUUCGACAAAGACAGAAUCGUAAAAUUAAUGCAAUCGAAUCAAAUAGCCUCUCCUUUAUCCUUUAAAAUGGAUUCACCUAGGAUAUAUUCAAAAACUCCUAAUUCCCAAUCAACAUUAAAUUGUGAUCUCACUUCAAGAGGCAAAUUGAAAUUGAACUUUUUAGCAGAAUUAUCAGACAAUAGAUCCCUAACCAAUCGUUAUAUGCUAAAUACAAAAAAUAAACCAAAAUAACAAAAAAAUUUAUUUAGUAAGGAGAAUAAGUUUGUUGAGUCAUCACUCAAAAAAAGUUAAUUAUAUCCAUCCACUGAUUCAUUACUUCAAAAUAUCAACAUAUAAUCUCCUGCCUCUACUUUUAGUGAAGAGUUCAUGAAAAUCAAUUCAAAAUUCAAUUCAGUUAAAAAUAUAGAUAAUGUUGAUCAACGUCUAUAAAGAAAGUAGAGUAAUUCUGUAAUUUAAUUGGUUAAUAAGAAUGGAUCUUAACUUGAAGGAUACUAAAAUAAGUAUAUAUAAAUAUUAUAAGUAAUAAUAGUUCUGUGAUGAGAUCAACAGAAAAAAUAAGAUAAUAAUUUGAUGAAAUUACACUUUUGGAUUUGAAAAGUUAGAAUAUAUAUUUGUAAGUAAGAAAUUUUAAUUAAUAUUUCAAAGUAAGAAAAUGCCUCUCUGAAAUCUUAAUUGCAAUCAGUUUAGGACAAUAUCAAACAUCAAAAUAAAGUAAUUGCAAAGUUAAAAUAUAAUAUCUAAUAACUUGAAUAGUAAUUUAUAUUCUAAGACUAAAGAUAGAUUUAAUAUUUAAUUAAAGGAGAAGAAUGAUAAAUCAGCAUCUACUAUUGAUAAGUUAAAUUCUUAAUUAGAUUUUGAAGGAUCAAUCUAAGAUGAUCUUAGAAAAAAGAUGAAUGAAAAAUAAUAAGAACUUAGUAAAUAUAAUUAAGUAAUUUUAUUAAUAUGAUAUAUAUUUUAGAUAGAAUAGGAAAUAAAGAAAAUUGAGGAUUCUCAUUUAGAAACAUUAAAUAAGAUCAGCAAAGAACUUAAAGAUUAACAAAUUUCACUUAAAAUUCUUAAUCAUCAUAUUAGUUGUUUAUCAUAAAUAUCAAUUCUAUUAUCAGAAAAAGAGGAAAUUCCAAUUGAGAUUUUAUUUAAAUAUAAAUAAAUCCCAUAGAUUCCUCAAAUUAUGUUGAAUUAAGAUAUAAUAGAAAAUAUCUUAAAAUCCAAUUCAAAAAUGAUAAAGGAAUUAUAUGAUUUAAUAGGAAAAUCCUUUGAAAAAAUAUCAUACAACUUUGUUUAAGAAUUUUCAUAAAUCUUAUAUAAGUCAUGA